GAAGUAGUAUAGUUGUUGAUCCAGCGGAGGGUUGUGUUUUGGCAGUUUUGUCUCUGCUGUGAAAUCUCCGGUUUUAAACCAAGUAAAACGUUAAAUUAAAAAUAUUUAAAACGGAGAGAGUUACCGAAAGAGCGCGUGAUGUUAAUCUCUUAGUCCGGUUCUUCCGGGUUGGUUUCGUCCGUUUGGUCCCAGAAUGAAGCCCCCUCCUCGGAAACGCUCCAAACCGGAGCGGAGCGCCCCCCCUGCGCCCGUGAAGUGGCAGAGACCGGAGCACAUGAAGCUCCUGAGCGGGCUGAAGAGGCAGUCCAGAACCACCAUGGGGGCCGGAGACCUGGACCCCAGAGACCUGAAGAAGUCCGUCAAGACCCGGUCUGUUCAGGAGAUCCAGUCUGAGGUGGACUCUCUGAAGGACAAAGUGAUCUCGUCCGCCAGUUUUGAGUUUGAGAGGAGGAGACGGCAGGAGAGGAAGGUCAAAAAGCCCAUCGAGCUGUGGACUGACAUGGCGUCUUCUGUGACGGGGAGCCUCGAAGAGACCAUCAACACGGCCUUUGCUCAGAUGUUGGUCGUCUCGUCCACUGAGCCGCGGACUCUGAGGAACUGUGACCCCCCUAGCAUCCAGAGACAGACCUCCGAUCAGAGCAGACCCGUGGGACGCACCGUUCCCCCCAGACCCAUCUUCAGACGAACACCUUUAGCAGGUGUGUGUCCCCCUGCCCCCCCUCUCCUGGUCCUGAAGACCCCAGCCCCCACCAUGGGCCCCGCAAGGAGACUCCCAGCUCCCUCAAAAGUGUUUCUAGUCCCUCUACUCCAGGGAGAGCCAUCUACAAAAACUGGAGCCUCUGCUGCCCCCUCCUGUCAGACAGCCGCUACUGCAUCCCCCCAGCCUGCCUCAAAAACCCCCGUUACCCUGGUUACCGCACCUGUCACACCCAGUUCUGACUCUGCAGCCGGGGGAACGAUUACUCAGAAACCCUCAGAGCAACACAUCUCCAGUCCCCCCUCCUCUGCCCCCAGUCCUGCUGCCUCACCCUCUAUCAGCUCCCUCAUUUCAGCACCGGCUACCAAGCCCACGCCCCCCCCUCCCUCCAGCCCAGCAGCCGCCCUCCCUGCCGGGUUAGGUCGAAGCUGCAGGUUGAAGGAGGACAGUCCCAGGAUUAUUGGGGUGAAAUGUGUGGUGGACUUUGAGCGGAUCUACAGAUACCUGAGUGUGAUCCUGAAGCCCGACGAGGAGUGUCACCUGACCCCCAUGGAGGGCGCUAUCAUGCUGGAUCUGCUGAUGUCUCUGCCCGAGGAGCUUCCACAGCUCGACUGCAAAGAGCUGCAGAAACACCUGAAACAGGUGUAUCAGAGCCUCUCCUCCCCCGCUGACUCCAGGACGGCCAGAGACGUGCUCAAAGACCUGCAGGGCCAACUCAGUACUCCGACCGAGUCUCCAGCUGCUCCAGAGAGGGACGAACCCGACACUCAGCAGAACCUCACUGAUGCACAGAGCGAGGGGGUCGCACCGCAGCCACAGGACGCUGAGAGCCAAUCAUCUGAGAGCAGCAACGCCACAUCACAGCAGGACGCGGACGUUACCGGGGUCUGCCCCCCUCUCAACCCUUUCAUGGUGCCUGUGAAACUUUUAAAGUGCAGAAAAGUUCCACUUCAAACUGCGUCAACGUGAAAGUUUCUUUAUUUACGUUUAUUGAUAAAACAUUUCUGAUCAGAACAGAAGAACCAGACAUUGGUCAGAUUCAUCCUGGUCUUCUUUACUGAUUUUACUUAAAGGUCACAUAUCCUCCUCCUCUUCAGUUUAAAUAAGUCUCAGAGCUCCUCAAAACAUGUGAAGUUUCUUGUUCUAAAUCCACUCUGAUCCUGUAUUUGAUCAUGUCUAUAAACCCCUCUAUUUCAGCCCUGCUCAGAACAGGCUGUUUCUGUGUCUGUACCUUUAAAUAUGUAAAUGAGCUGUGUCUGACCACGCCCCCUCUCUGGAAGGGCUUGGGUGACUCUCUUUCUCACUCCAUGUCCUAUUGUUUACUGUGAGAAGGCAGACUCAGAGGGCAGAACGAACACCUAGCUGUGGGAGUGUCACCCACCUGGGGGAGGAGUUACUGCCCUUUGUGAUGUCAUGAAGGGAAAAUCUCCAAACGGCCUGUUUCAGCACACAUCUUCUGAAAAGUGGAGCAGGCAAAAGACGGAGAGGAUGGACUUUUCUCAUCAUUGGGGGGUUUGUAGACAGACUAGAGACAAAUGUUAGUGUUAGAGGAACAUGGUGAAGAGGAUGUUAUAACGUGACCUUUAAAACUGAAACGGUGAAGCUGCUGAGUAAUCAGGAUGUGUAAAAAUGUUUCUGCAGGUUUAUUGAACUUUGGUUUCUAUAAAUUAAUUUAUUUCUGUUCCACGUCUGUAAAGUUGAACCCCAGAUCACUCUGAUGUUGUGUUGUUUUUGGAGGUUGCUGGACGGCUCAAACCAGAGGAUUAAAAGUUUGGUCGGAUUGGUCGUCUCAUUUACUGAAUGUGUUUAUCAGAGAGUUCCUCGUUUCUGUCAGGUUAUUUUUCUGUCACUUUCAGUCGGCUCGUUCUUUCAGAUGAAACUGAACUGAGAAGGUUGAGUCGUCUUCAUUAAAGAAAAUGUAAAAGACGA